UAUUAAUUCCUCGCGGCCGGGGCAACCCCAGGAAUGUCUCGUGGCUAACUCCGUGCAGCGCCGGGCUUGUGGCUUAGUGGUCCCGGGACGGCCUGCGGCUGCGAGGACCUGAAGCCAUCGUCCAGCCCAACAUCGCUGUACACCUGGGGAGUCCGAGACCCAGUGAGAGCAGUGCGGCCCGAGGUGGCCCAGCCCGCAGCAGGACCAAGGCCAGUCGCAGGUCUCCUGACUCCCAGCUUGGUGUCCCGCGUCUUCGUGGUAGGUUGAGAUGGCCGAGCAUCGGGCCUGAGCGCUCCCAGGCCACAUCCCCUUGUCCCCGGCGCUGGGGGAAAACACAACUCGCGCCUGCGCAGAGCCUUCUGGGGAAACAGCAGCUUCGCGGAAGACCCCGCCCCUUUUGCCCUGGUGACGCGUCUCCGGUUGCCAUGGAGACCGCGCUGUUUACAGCCCAGUUCUGCAAGAACCUGGAGCUCCGGUUGGGGACUUUAGAAACCUCAAAUGGCCAAACUACUGCAACAUCCACCCAAGUUCUUGCCCUCAGAGUGGCACAUUGCUAAUAAGAACCAGUACCACAGAGCAGAGGCCCAAAGGUCCCGGUCCGAACGCCUGGUGGCAGAAAGCCAGAGGCUUGUGAAUGAAAUUGAAAAGACCACAAGAAAAUCUCAAAGCGAUGUGAACAAGAAACUAGAGCAGAGGCUUGAGGAAGUCAGGUUCUGGAAGAAGGAGUUAGAUGAUAAACUUGAGCAGCUGGUGCACGCGACCGAAAAUCUACUCAUCUAUCAGACCAGAUUGGAGAAAGCCCUGGAGAGCUUUAAAGAACCCUUGCACAUCACUGAGAAGUGUCUGGAAUACAGGGAGAAGCGAGUUGGCAUUGACUUGGUCCACGAUGAGGUAGAGCAGGAGCUGAUCAAGGAGGCGGAGAUCAUCCGGGGGGUGAUGGCCCUGCUGACCCGCACCCUGGAGGAGACGUCCGAGCAGAUCAGGCUGAACCGCUCUGCCAAGUACAGUCUUGAAAAGGACUUGAGGGACAAGUUUACAGCCCUGACCAUUGAUGAUAUCUGCUUCUCACUCAACAACAACUCGCCAAACAUCAAAUAUUCUGAGAACAUCGUGAGGGUUGAAGCAAACUCUGUGAGUCUGGAAGACUGGUUGGACUUCUCCAACACCAACGUGGAGAAGGCCGACAAGCAGAGGAACAGCUCUCUGACGCUGAAGGCCCUCGUGGACCGAACCUUGUCCCAGACGGCCAACGACCUAAGCAGGCAAUGUGACGUGGUGGACACCGCAUUCAAGAAUGGGCUGAAGGAGACCAAGGACGCCAGGGACAAGCUGGCUGCUCAUCUGGCCAAGGUCAUGGAAGAGAUUGCCUCCCAGGAGAAAAAUAUCACAGUUCUUGAAAAAGCCAUCCUUGACCAAGAAGGACCUGCCAAGGUGGCUCAUACACGUCUGGAGACCAGGACACAUCGGCCUAAUGUGGAGCUGUGUCACGAUGGUGCACAGUACAGGCUGAUCAAGGAAGUCGAUGAGAUCACCCACAACAUCGCAAGAUUAAAGGAAACAUUAGCCCAAGCUCAAGUAGAGCUGCAAGGCCUGAAUGGCAGGCAGCUCGCCCUGCAGGAGGAGAUCCAAGUCAAGGAGAAUACCAUCUACAUCGAUGAAGUGCUGUGUAUGCGUAUGAGGAAGUCCAUCCCUCCAAGGGGCGGGGAUGACCACGGGAAGUGGGCCGGGGGCCUCCAUCCGGACACUGUCUGCUGAAAGUCGGAUUCUCAUUAAGCCAUUCUCAUUAAACAGAGUCAUAAAACCGUAGAACAGAACUCUCAUUUCAGGUGGGCAGAACUUCCAGUCAGCCCACCAGAAAGUCUUGGCUGGGGUUCCAGGCCUGCUCGGGGCCUGAGAUUUGGGUGCAAAGCUCUAUUCUGCUACUGCUAGUGGUGCUGUGGUUGUUUAAGGGUUAAGUUCCAUGAGUUAGCACAGGCCAUUCUUAUCACAGGGCUUCAGGCCUGGGGGAGGGGUCCAAGACAUUUUAGUUCAGAUUUAUUUCAAUUCAGAAGUUGGGCUGGAUCCCCUACUCAGACCAUGCCCAUCUUACUCAGGAGAGGACCGGCGAACACUUCUCCUGGCCCUCAAGAUUCCUUUUCCCUAGAAAACAAUGUGGUGGUUGCUGACUUAGACCCCUGGCUGGUCCACGGGAUGCAUGUUCAGUUCAUACGGAGCUUAGAUGAGAGAGGAGCAGCCCUGGGUCAGGAGUCCCCCGCCCCCACCCCGUAAGCCUUCCCAACACCUGUGGGCGUCUCUCUGGGCCUCUUUCUCUGGGGUGAAAUUGAGACAGGCUGGGACCUGAGACCCUCUAGUGGAGUGAUUGCACCUGAGCAAACAUCUCCCCGAGCAACAGAAUACAAAGAAACUAUAAGGGACUAAAAAUAACUAUGCACAAAAAGGCCACAAACCAACUGCUAUUUCUGAGGUGCCGGGAACAAAAACAGGGUACUGAGCAUGAUCCCUGCUCAGGGCACCACCAAGGGGGCUGGGCAGACCACCUAAGCCAGCCGUCUGUCCCACCCCCGUUGUUACCCAUUUAAGGAAGCAGCUUGAGCCCCCUCGGGGAGAGCAAAGGCACUUGUUACUUGCUUUCACUCCCUCGUGCUGCAGCGCUAAUCCCAGUAAAGCCUCGCCUGAAUCUCUUAUCUGGCUUCUUCUUGAUUUCUGUUGAUUAAAGAGUCCAAGAACCUGUGUGGGUAACAAAAGGAAAGAGGAGGGAUAGGACCCAAGGGCCCUCCAGCUCUUAGGAAGUUAGGGAUUGGGGAGCGGGUGAGCCAGGUUGCUGUUUUCUGGGGUCAUGGUUACUGACUCGGGGCCCUGGACUCUUUAAUCACUAGAAGUCGAUAAAAGGCCAGACGAGAAAUUCAGGCAAGGCUUUAUCGGGCCUCAUGCUGCAGCACAAGGGAGCGAAAACAAGUCACAGGUGCCCUUGCUUGAGGGGGGGCGGGCAUUCAGAUCCAUUCAGACCUUAGUCUCGGGAUUGCCAGCCUGGGAAAGAGGAAGGCGAGGUUCCUGGGCUCAGUAGGUAAGCCUUUCCAGUGGGCCGUCCUGUUGCACCACCGCGUGAAAAGGAUUUCUGGCUUUUGUUUUCUUUGCUGAAUGUAAACCAUUUGGCGUCGGUUUUCUGACCAGUUAGUAAUCAUUCGUAGUGGUUUUUUUAAUACUCAAGUGACAGUAACAGAAAAGAAAAAAGAAUUCCUCCCGUUCUCGCCACAGAUUCAAGUCAGUGGCUAAGAGUGUGGGUUCUGGAGUCACACAUAGCUCAGUUCAAGUUCUCCAGUCACACCCGCCGCCUAGGGCGCCUGUGGGUGAGAUAACCCACGAGAAGCGCUUCACAGCUUCACACAGAGCCCAUCCGGGGGUGGGGGGCAGCAAGCAGAGAAGGGACAGAGUCCAGACAGUCUAGGGGUUCCGGGGCUUGGGGACUGCUCGGAUAUACAGGGUGAGGGAGGGAGAGGGGCCAAGGACGGCUCCCUGGUUUCUGGCUUGGGUAUCAGAGUGAAUCGGGGCGUUUUGUUUGCUGAGAG